AACUCGCCUUAACAUUCUUUACUUAAAGUUUUCGUUUUAUCUACAAAAAAAAAAAAAUGGCCAGCAAAUACGAAAUGUCCAAAACCUAUCAAUACCGCAAAGUGAUGAAACCUUUGCUGGAACGCAAACGACGUGCACGCAUCAACAAGUGUUUGGAUGAUUUGAAGGAUUUAAUGUCGGAGUGCUUCAAACAGGAUGGCGAAAAUACCCAGAAAUUCGAAAAGGCUGACAUCUUGGAGGUCACCGUUCAACAUUUGCGCAAAUUAAAGGCCCAAAAACAACAAAUCUCACAAAACAAUCUCAAUGCCCAGCAAAGUUUCCGUUCCGGUUAUAUACAGGCAGCCAAUGAAGUGUCCCGUUGCAUGGCCACCUUGCCCAAAAUAGAUGUGGCCUUUGGCACCAAACUAAUGACUCACUUGGGUUUGCGUCUCAGCCAAUUGGAAUCACCCAGUGAGGUACCUGCCGCCAUCAAUACCCCUUUAACAGUGGCCUGUUCCAGUUCACAAUCCACUGCUGCUUGCUCCAUGUACAGUCCAGUGUCCAGUGGUUAUGCCAGUGAUAAUGACUGCUCAUCGUUACGUUCUUCACCAGCUUUGUACCAACCAAAACCAACACAAGGACUUUUGCAAGUGACCACCACUAGCAGCAGCAGCAGCAGCAACACCCCCGUUUGGCGUCCUUGGUAAUCAGCCGAACACACUCUCUUUCUAGCACUCUUGUGGACAAGAGGCAGACAAAAGAAAAACAAAACAAAAUAACACCAGCAGUGCUUCUCAGAGUUCUUCCUUAAUCUAUGAUCUCGUUUAGUUUUAAGCAGACAAAAAAAAAACUCCUAUUUAAUUUGCUUUAUUUUUUCGAUGAUAAGUUUUUAAAGAUUUUUGUUAAACUAUUGUUAGAGUUUUAAUGAUGAUGACUAUUGUUUUAGUAGCUUUAUAGAAUAUAAUCCAACUGUGAUAGGGUCUUAUUUUGUGGUGUUGUGUGUGCAUGACCUACUACUACAACACCACAAUGAUAAUGUUAAGAGAAUUUUAUUUAUAAACACAACAA